AUCGUGAAAAACUCCAAGAAAGCAGCGAAGAUUGCCAAGCGCGGCGUGGAGGUCGGUGGAACGGACGCAAUGAUCCUCCUUGCAGGCUUGUACCGGGAUGGAGCAGGCGUCAAGCUGGACAGGAAAAAAAUGAUGCAGCUGUUUCGCAUGGCAGCGGACCGGGGACACCCGCAGGCGCAGUUGAUGAUCGGAAUCUUCCAUCGAGACUCCGAGAAAUUUGACGAAGCGUUCCACUACUUCAAGCUCAGUGCCGAACAAGGGCUCAAACUGGGCGAGCGAGCGCUCGGUUGCGCGUACGCAAGAGGCCACGGCGUGGCUACGAGCUUACUCGAAGCAGUGCGCUGGUACGAGCGCGCGGCCGCCAAGGGAGAUCAAAAAGCCGUAGAUGUACUCGCCAAGCUCGAGGACCAUGGCGCCCAGGACGAGCUUCGGGCGUUCCACUACUUCAAGCUCAGCGCCGAACAAGGAUUCACUCAGGGCGAGCGAGCGCUCGGUGAUGCUUACAUCAACGGCCAAGGCGUAGGUGAAGACCCUGUCGAAGCAAUGGGCUGGUUGGGACGCGCGGCCGCCAAGGGAGAGUGGGGAGCCGUCACUAUGGUCGCCAAGGUCAAAGCCGGCCAAGGCGUGGCUCAAGACCCUCUCGAAGCAAUGCGCUGGUACGAGCGCGCGGCCGCCAAGGGAGAU